AGGGUUUUAUAUCUUCUCAUUCAGAACAUCCUUAUUCAUGUCUUUACUUCUCAGCCGCCUCUCGAGGCUUCGACUUGGGAAACCUGCGUCCGUGAGAUCCUCUGUUCUGAUUCUCUCUAAUGGCUUCUCAUCAUCCUCGCUGCAAACUCCUCCGUGUUCCAUCAUCUGCGCCAAUCCUUGUGGAGCGGGUCUCGGAAAACUCGUGAUUUUGAAUGCUAAUGAGAGUGAUUACACUGAUUUGGAAAAGAAGGUGCCGAUGGAGUUGGUAGAUAGUGAUCCAAUGGUGACGAUAGGGGCAUCUCAUGGCUGGGUAGCUACUUUGAAGGAGGACGGAAUAUUGCGUCUCCAAGACGAUCUAAACCCUUAUGCAUCAGAUACAAACCCUAAACGCAUCUCUCUGCCUCCUCUUGUAACUCUGCCUCGUUGCCAAACUCAAAUCGUUACCAAUGUGUCAAUGUCCUUACCUUCUCCUGAGGAUGAGGACUGUGUUGUGGCUGUCAAGUUCUUGGGGCCUCAACUCAGCUUUUGCAGACCGGCUAAAAGCAACUCCGAGUGGACCAACAUCAAGAUCGCAAACCCUAGCUUCUUCUCCUCACGUGUCAUGUUUUCUAAGAAAGAUGAGAUGUUUCGUAUUCCUGGGUCUGGAGGCCACCUCAUCGGAUCAUGGGAUCUCCGCACAGAGGAUCACAAUCCCAAGAUUCAGAGGCUGCGAUUCCGAAACCUUCCCGAGCUGCCUAGGGCCAAGCGGGAGCUUCUAGAUUCGUGCUACAGGAGUGAACAUUUGGUGGAGUCUCAAUCCACUGGUGAACUUUUCUUGGUAAAGCGGUACAAGAAGGCCACCACCAGAGAUACGGUAAAAAUGAAAACACAAGGUGUAAUGGUGUUCAAGCUAGACGAAAAAGGAAACGCUGUGUACACUCAAGACAUUGGAGAUCUUUGCAUUUUUCUCUCAAAGUCUGAACCUUUUUGUUCUAGCAGCUCCAGGUUCCCUAACUACGUUGAUAUAUAUGAUGUCGACGAAGUAGCAUUUGCCUGUCUGGAGUAUGAUGACCCUAUCACUGGUGUAACUAGUACAAACAGGGCACCUUACCAUAUUCCACCUCAAAAUAUAGACUAGUUGUUGUUUGGGAUUUAGAGUAUGAGUCUAGAGUCUGUUUUUUUCUCUUAAACCUUGGAAACACCAAAUCUAUUUUUUUCAGUGC